AUGAAUCCAAAUCAAUAUAGUUUUUGUAGAUUUAAGAAAAAUAGUUUGUUGAUUCUCUCAGAUACAGAGUAUUAUCAAUCGAUUCAAAAGGAAUCUCAAAAUGAUAUUCAUGAGAAUGAUAUAUUAUAUCAAACUGUUAAGUUUUUAUACUUAUAUGAUGAAAGUUACAAUCAGAAGUCUAUAAGAGAUCAAUUGUCACCGAAUGUAUUGGAAUUGAAAUCUAUAUUGUGUGAUUUCAUAAAGAAUCACCGAUUGUCACUUCCAAACUUUUCUUUUAUAAAUGUGUUUAUGAAUAACAAAGAUCUUUUUGAAGAUGAUCAGCUCAUGAACUAUCUAAAGUCAUUGUGCAAUCAAUCUGAUAUUGCAGAUCUCUUUGUGAUAUCAUUGCUUCAAUCGGAUCAAAUAUAUUUUCAUAAUUUAAGCUCACGAAUGUCCAAGUUUAAUAGUUGGUUCAAUAUUGAAUCACGAGUCAUCGAUUUGAUAAACAACAACACAAUCCGUAUACAUUCACUUCCCAUUGCAAUACUCUCGAUUUUAAAUAUCAAUCCAACAAGAAUCAGUGAAUUAUCAAAAUAUUACAAAGAUAUAUUUCAGUAUUUGAUGUCUGAUUUUACAAAAGAUACUUGGAAUUGUGACUUUAAUUCUUAUUCGCAAUACUUUGGUUAUUUCAAAGAGUAUUUUGAUUCCGAUAUCAAUUUACAAACUCCAGAGAAUAUAGAAAGGUUAAAGUCAAAGUUGAAAUGUUUUGGUCAUGAUUUCAUUGUAGGUGCACGAGUUAAGAAAUCUUUUCGAUCAAUAUACGCAUUGUUUAGUGUAUUUAUCAAGUCAGAAUUUGAAUUGUUUACUCUUGUCAGUGGAUGGAUUGAAGUACAAUCUGCAACUAAAAUGUUUGAAUCUUUCGAUAACGAUAUGCUUCGAACACCAGAAUUCAAUACUUCCAUAAAGAAGAUGUUAACUCAAAACCAAGAAGAAUCAUUGUUGAUAUUGGAUUUGUACCGAACAAGAUCAUUGAAAUUACCAUUAGAAAUCUAUGAUCAUUUCUUAUUGGUCUUUGUAUAUAAUCCACAAUAUGAUGACAGGAUCUUGGCAAACCCUCUUACUCUCAUUUCUUUGAUUUAUCUCUUAAGUAUAGAGAGUAAUGUCAGUCUAAAAUGUCUAAUUGUAAAGAUUAUGCUCAAAUCAUUCCAUUUACUUGAAAAACAACUUGUUAUCUCUGUAUUCAAGUCACAACAACAUCUAUUUUCAUUGACAGAUUUCAAAUUUCAAAUGAAAAAUCAUCCUGAUUACUUCAAAUUAGUUGCACCACACAUCGAGUUGUAUACAAUGAAGAUGAUUAUCAAUCAUCCCGGUCACAAUGAAUUGCUAUCAGCUGAUUUUGCCGAUAUCAUAUUAUUGACCAGUCAUUCAAGAGAGAUAAUCAAAGAGUUGGUUUCAAUGAAGGAAAGAAAUUUACGUACACCUUUUAGUCUCCUUCCUGCAAAUGUAGAAAGAAACACUCAUUUCUUAUUGGAAAUCAACAAUUUAGAAUUCAUAUAUUUAUAUUUGGAACAAUUGUUUUGUGAUCUGGCAGCUCUUUCACCUGAAAGAAAUUCGAUACUUGUUCAGUUAAUUGAAAGAUUAGUUCAAAACAAACCGGAAUAUGCAAUCAAAAUCAAUCAUAUCCUAAGAUCAGCUCCACUAUCGAAUUUUCUAAAUAGAUUCAUUGAAUUUAAACGAUAUUUAUCAUUACAACCGGAUCAUAAUAAUACAAAUUCAACAAUAGAAACAACAACAAUAACACCACCACCAACACUAAGUAAAUUUAUUUUGAAUGAAAUAUUCAAAAAUUUGAUAUUGGAUAAGAAUCCAAAAUCAAGAUCAAUCAUUUCAUUGUCAACGAUAUCAAGUGGAAUUCAUGAUAUCAUUAGUUCUAUUGUAUCAAACUAUCCUUUGACAACGAUUCGUAUAAUAUCAUCAGUUCCAAUUGGAUCGAAAUAUUGUUUGUUGAAGAAUGCACCUUUAUAUUUGACAUCGAGAGAAAUCAAAUUCAUUCCGGAUGAUCAUUUGCAAUCUUGUAUUGAAAAUCUGGAAUCAUAUGUUCAAUACUUUGGAUUUAUCAAUGCAAAGGGUAAAGGUUGCUAUUCAUAUCUCUACUAUCUUCUGAAUGCAAAGAAAAUCAAACACUUGGCUUUUAGAGAGGUUAAAUCUAUCCCCUAUGAUUCGGAAUAUUUCGACAGUGGAUUCCUAAAUGAAUCGAUGAUAUCAGACCACUCCAACAGUUUAUAUAAUCUCAGAGAAUGUAGAGAUUACUAUCCAGAUGAAGAGAGUAAUAGAAAUAUCAUUUUGGAUGAUGAAGAGAAACAAAUUCAUUAUAUGAAUGUAUUUCUUCAACACUUUGAUAAUGAUCAACUUCAAUCGAUCAGCUAUGAAGGUAGAUCUUUCAAAUCAAACAACUACCAUUCUGAUACCAACUCAUUGGUUCACCAUACACUAUCGAUUUUUUCUACAUUCAAAUCAAAAAAAUCAUGGAUCGACCUUAAAUUUAAUGUUCCGAAAGGUGUGGCUCCUUGUCUUGGAUUUAUCAAACAUGAAGAAUCAGAUGCGUACUCAGAGAGAGAACCUAUCAUUCUUCAUGAAGACUAUCAAUUGAUUACCAAAUUCAAAUGGGGUCGAUAUAGUUACCAUUAUGAUUUGUUGCCAAUCGAACUGAAGAAUCUCACAAAGUUAGUCACUAUCUGUGAUGAGCAAGAAGGUUUAUGUUUGAUCCAAAGUUCACCGAAACUCUAUUAUGUUAAAAUCCAAGAUUGCAGAAGCGUCGACGACUUAAGUUUCAUCGAGAACCAACCAAAGAUUAAAAAGCUAGCAAUCAAAUACCCAGUCAAAAUCAAGAGUGAAAAUAAUAUCUAUCACUUUCGAACACGGAUUACAUUAGAUCAAAUCAACUCGAUAUUUUCGAGAUUGGAACAAGCAGAGUAUCAAUCGAUUCGAUAUGAUGAACAUCAACAUCAUUAUCCAUUGAUCAACCAAUAUCAAAUCGAUCGAAAUCUAAUCAAUCUUUAUCAAUUUAAACCUUGUGGCAACUCUGUUACCGUUGACGGAAACUCAAAAAUUUAUAAUGGCGCCACUCCAACUUCCGCCGGUAGAAACAUGAAUGUAUGGAUAACAACUAAUCAAAGAUUCUCUUAA